CACCAUACCAACUUGUAUCAAUCAAAAAAAGUUAAUACCGAAUACAACUGAUUGAUACAUGACACAAAAUUUUACGUACCAAUUAUAAUUGGUCGGAAAGAUCGAUAAAUACGGAUCGACAAUUAUUAUUUUCAAAUAAAAAUUUAAAACAAAAUCAAUAAUCUACAAAUUGCGAUUUCAUGGAUAUCAUCGAUCCACUCCGAAGGGUAUUUAACUAUCUCCGUCUCUUUAACUGCAGCGACUUAUCCAAAUUCCGGCCAUCGAUAUGUGCACUCUCGAAAAGCAAGGCAACAUCUUCUUCCUCACGUUGACCGGCGAUGGCGGCGAUGAACAUCGCCUCAAUCCUACUCUCAUCUCAUCCAUCCGAUCAGCUCUUUCUCAAGCCAAAUCUCAGUCAACUCCCGGCACCGUUCUUGUCACCGUCGCUCAAGGUAAGUUUUUCUCUAAUGGUUUCGAUCUCGUCUGGGCCAGAUCCGCCUCAGGAGGAUGUCCUUCCAAAGCCGUCGAUCUCCUCCGCCACAUGGUGAACCUCUUCAAGGAUGUAGUCGCCGACCUCCUCUCCCUCCCUAUGCCAACGAUAGCCGCCGUUACCGGCCACGCCGCAGCGGCGGGACUUCUGCUCGCGAUGAGCCACGACUACGUCCUGAUGCGGCGAGAUCGGGGGGUUUUGUACAUGAGCGAGAUCGAUAUCGGGAUGACGUUACCGGAAUACUUCACGGCUCUAAUGAGGUCGAAAGUGGCGAAGCCGGAAUCCCGGCGGGAUCUGUUGUUGCGUGGGAUGAGGGUGAAAGCAGAGGAAGCGGUGGCGAAGGGAUUAAUCGACUCUGCGCAUGACAACGGGGAGAAGGCGGUGGAGGCUGCUGUGCGCCUGGGGGAAGAGUUGACGAAGAGGAAGUGGGACGGCGAGAUAUACGCUGAGAUCCGGAAGUCGCUGUAUCCAGAGAUAUGUGGCGUGCUCGGCUUAACCAGUAAGUCAGUUGUAAAAGCUCGGCUUUGAAGGGGUGGAAAUGUUAUUUAUCAGAUUUAUAAGGUUGUUUUGUUGUGGGGGAAUAUUUGAGGGGGUGUGACUGCAUAACCUUUGAAUAAUGUUACCCAAAUUGAAAUAUAAACUUAAACUACUUUAAUUUUUCAAAUGAAACCAGAUAUAUAUUAAUGUA